AACUUUACUCUUUUUUUAGGGCUGGGCUGCCCGGCCCAUUGCCAGGCCUACUUUUGGACAAAAGGGCAGAGCUUUCCUUUUGACCAGUAGAGGUAGUUCAGAAAUUUUGAAAAUAGCUAAGAGGUGUAUGAUACUUCAAAGUCAUAAUAUAAAUCCAAGAAGUGGCUCUAAUCUAUUGUCAACGGAUGGCACCUGGCAAUUAAGAAAAAGUUGAACUACUACCAGCACCUACCUUCACCUGUUCAACCAACUGAUUGCAUAUUAUUCAAGGAACUCUCCUGUUUGCUAAAGCACAGAUUCAAAUGCAGAAGCUCUAGGUGAACCAGUCAGAAAUCAGAAACCAAUUGUUCAAACUACCCUCUUCUCUUUUCCCUUUUAUCCCACCAUUUUGAUAUCACCUGCCUUAAACCAAUUCCUCUCCAGCAACGUUGUUAUAUACCUUUAAAUGUGAUUCUGGCUCAUAAUUGUUGACCGCAAUUAUUAAGUUGCUAAACUAUCUCCAGGCUCUUGAUCAUGAACUAUGAAUUGCAAACCGAGUAACAAUGGCAGGCGUUUGUUAUGCUCUUAUUGCCCUUUUUUGCUUCAUCUGAUGACCCACAGUAUGAAGCUUGUGCUCCUAGCGAUUGUGGAGAUGGCCCCAGUAUCAGUUAUCCUUUUUGGAUGGAUGUCUCACCAGACUUUUGUGGUUAUCCUGGCUUUAAAAUCACGUGUGCCUAUAAUGUUACCGUUAUGACAACCAUUUCAGGGGAAGAAUACUAUGUAAGAGGUAUCGACUACAAGAGCCAGACUUUCACAAUUGCCAGUUCAAAGUUGGUGGAAGAAGGUUGUCCUCAACAUGGUUACUGUCUCAGUCUUCAUUCUCCUAUCCUAUAUUACACCAUGGAGAACAGGAACAUUUCCUUCUUGUUUAAUUGUUCUCGUCAAAUUCCAAAUUCUCUCAGAGGGCCAUUACAUUGCCUUGAUCGUAGUGACUAUGUUGUUAAUUAUAGCUUCCCAGAAUCUGAGUUGCACAGAUAUGAAUGUAAAGAGAUUUCCGUGGUCCCUGUUUUGGGCACAAGGGAUUUUGAACACCCCUCCCAUGGUUUGGAUGGGUUGUUAAAGGCAGGAUUUAGGAUGGGAUGGACUGCGAGUGCUUGUGGUCCUUGUGACAAUAAACCCAACCUGGUCAAACUAUGGCAGCUCGACGUACUUUUCCUCUCCAUUAAUGCAAUUCAAACCUGCUCCAUCACUCGCCAAUCUCCUCCAAUAACCGAGCACCUUCCUCUU